CCUCUCCGGGUCUGUGGGUCUGUCCGGCUGUCGGGCUGUCUUCGCGUACCCUGCCCCGUGGCUGGAAGGGACCCGGCAAGCCCGGCGUGGGGUGCGGACGAGAACGCGGCGGGGCAGCUGCUCGCUUGCAUCCUCUGCACUGCCCUCCGCCCCUCACCCGGCGUGGGAAGUAAAGAUCAAACCGAAAUGGAGGGAGGCGCGGAGGCAGGAGCUGGCGGAGAGAUGGGAAACGCAUGAACCGGGGCCGAGAGUUUCAGGUUUCUCGUUGUAUGGAUCACUGAUUGAAUAAUAGAUGGCUUUACCUCGUCUCACAGGAGCCUUGCGCUCCUUUUCAAAUGUCACCAAGCAAGAUAAUUAUAAUGAAGAAGUGACUGACUUACAGUUGAAGCGGUCUAAACUUCAUGAACAAAUUGUAGGUUUGGACCUGACAUGGAUGAAGAUUGUAAAAUUUUUGAAUGAAAAGCUGGAGAAGAGUGAACUGCAAAGUGUAAAUGAAGACUUAAAAGAUAUAUUGCAGGCUGCAAAACAAAUAGUUGGAACGGAUAAUGGGAAAGAAGCAAUUGAAAGUGCGGCUGCAUUUCUCUUCAAGACAUUUCACUUGAAGGACUCUGUUGGUCACAAGGAGACAAAGGAUAUCAAACAGAUGUUUGGUCCCUUUCCCUCAUCAUCUGCCACUGCAGCUUGUAAUGCUACUAAUCGAAUUACUUCUCGUUUUUGUAAAGACAGUCUUACUGCUCUCGUCCAGAUGACAACAGAUGAAUAUGGUGAUAGAGUUUUAUUUGGUAAAAAUUUAGCAUUUUCAUUUGACAUGCAUGAUUUGGACCACUUUGAUGAGCUGCCAAUAAAUGGUGAAUCCCAGAAAACUAUAAGUUUGGAUUACAAGAAGUUUCUGACUGACCAUUUUCAGGAACAUUCCGCCCCAGACCUCAAGCCUGUGGAGAAAGCAAACGACUCCUUUUUGUGGUGUGAAGUUGAGAAGUACUUAAGUGCAACUUUAAAUGAAAUGGCCGAAGCAACAAGAAUAGAAGAUCUUUGCUGUACUUUAUAUGAUAUGCUUGCUUCUGUUAAAAGUGGUGAUGAACUUCAGGAUGAGCUGUUUGAACUGCUGGGACCUGAUGGACUUGAACUUAUUGAGAAACUCCUCCAGAACAGAAUUACAAUUGUGGACAGAUUUCUUAAUUCUUCAAAUGAUCAUAAGUUGCAAGCUCUUCAAGACAAUUGCAAAAAAAUUUUAGGAGAAAAUGCUAAACCUAAUUAUGGUUGUCAAGUCACUAUUCAGUCUGAACAAGAGAAGCAGUUAAUGAAACAGUAUCGCCGGGAAGAAAAAAGAAUUGCCAGACGAGAAAAAAAGGCUGGAGAAGAUGGAGAAAUUGCAGAAGGACUCCUGUGCUUUGAUCCUAAGGAAUUGCGGAUACACAGAGAGCAAGCACUUAUGAACGCUAGAAACGUUCCAAUUCUGAGCAGGCAGAGAGACAUGGAUGUUGAAAAAAUACAUUAUCCACAUGUUUAUGAUUCCCAGGCUGAAGCCAUGAGAACAUCUGCAUUCAUUGCUGGUGCAAAGAUGAUUUUACCAGAAGGAAUCCAAAGAGAGAACAACAAGAUAUAUGAAGAAGUAAAGAUUCCUUAUAGUGAACCAAUGCCAGUUGGGUUUGAGGAAAAACCAGUUUAUAUCCAAGACUUAGAUGAGAUUGGACAGCUGGCUUUUAAAGGAAUGAGAAGACUCAAUAGAAUCCAGUCAAUUGUGUUUGAGACUGCCUACAACACCAAUGAGAACAUGCUGAUUUGUGCCCCUACUGGAGCUGGAAAGACCAACAUUGCAAUGCUUACAGUUUUGCAUGAAAUUCGCCAGCAUUUUCAACAAGGUGUUAUCAGAAAGAAUGAAUUUAAGAUUGUAUAUGUUGCUCCAAUGAAAGCGUUGGCAGCUGAAAUGACAAAUUACUUCAGCAGACGUCUAGAGCCACUGGGCAUCAUUGUGAAAGAAUUGACUGGUGAUAUGCAGUUGUCAAAAAAUGAAAUUUUACGAACUCAGAUGCUUGUGACCACACCAGAAAAAUGGGAUGUAGUGACAAGAAAGAGUGUUGGGGACGUAGCUCUUUCCCAAAUUGUAAAGCUUCUUAUUCUUGAUGAAGUUCAUUUACUUCAUGAAGAUAGAGGACCAGUAUUAGAAAGCAUAGUGGCACGUACUUUACGUCAGGUUGAAUCCACACAGAGUAUGAUAAGAAUUCUUGGACUCUCUGCAACCUUACCCAACUACCUCGAUGUUGCUACGUUUUUACACGUUAAUCCCUGCAUUGGACUUUUCUACUUUGAUGGCCGCUUUCGACCUGUUCCUCUUGGACAGACAUUUCUGGGGGUUAAAAGUGCAAAUAAGGUGCAACAGUUGAAUAACAUGGAUGAAGUAUGUUAUGAAAGUGUUUUGAAGCAAGUAAAGGCUGGACAUCAGGUGAUGGUGUUUGUACAUGCUCGAAAUGCCACUAUAAGAACGGCUAUGUCUCUAAUAGAAAGAGCCAAGAAUAAUGGCCAGAUUUCCUACUUUUUACCUCCUCAAGGACCUGAAUAUGGACAUGCAGAAAAACAGGUGCAAAAGUCAAGAAAUAAACAAGUACGAGAAUUAUUUCCAGAUGGUUUUAGUAUUCAUCAUGCAGGAAUACUUCGGCAGGACAGAAAUUUGGUUGAAAGCUUGUUUUUUAAUGGGCAUAUCAAAGUCCUAGUCUGUACAGCUACAUUAGCCUGGGGUGUCAAUCUUCCUGCUCAUGCUGUUAUUAUUAAGGGAACACAAAUAUAUGCUGCAAAAAGAGGCUCCUUUGUUGACCUUGGAAUUUUAGAUGUCAUGCAGAUAUUUGGUCGAGCUGGAAGACCACAAUUUGACAAAUUUGGGGAAGGAAUCAUCAUAACAACCCAUGAUAAACUCAGCCAUUACCUCUCUUUGCUCACUCAACAAAACCCAAUUGAGAGUCAGUUUCUGGAAAGCCUUGCAGAUAACCUAAAUGCAGAGAUUGCUCUGGGAACAGUUACUAAUGUGGAGGAAGCAGUGAAGUGGAUAAGUUACACUUAUCUUUAUGUACGGAUGAGAGCAAAUCCAUUAGUGUAUGGCAUCAGUCACAAGGCUUAUCAGAUUGACCCAACAUUAGCAAAGCAUCGAGAACAGUUGGUCAUUGAAGUUGGACGGAAACUAGACAAAGCUCGGAUGAUUCGUUUUGAGGAACGAACUGGAUAUUUUUCCUCAACUGAUUUGGGUAGAACUGCCAGCCACUACUAUAUUAAAUACAGCACUAUUGAGACCUUCAAUGAACUCUUUGAUGCUCACAAAACAGAAAGUGAUAUUUUUGCUAUAGUCUCCAAAGCUGAAGAAUUUGAUCAAAUCAAGGUCAGAGAAGAGGAAAUAGAGGAGUUAGAUGCCUUAUUAAACAACUUUUGUGAACUCUCAGCUCCUGGAGGUGUAGAGAACAGUUAUGGGAAAAUAAACAUCCUACUACAAACUUAUAUCAGCCGAGGGGAGAUGGACAGUUUCUCCCUUAUAUCAGAUUCUGCAUACGUUGCACAGAACGCAGCUAGAAUUGUCCGUGCUCUUUUUGAAAUUGCUCUGAGGAAACGCUGGCCUACCAUGACCUAUAGGCUCCUGAAUCUAAGUAAAGUCAUUGACAAGAGGCUCUGGGGUUGGGCUAGCCCUUUGAGACAAUUUUCAGUCUUACCACCACAUGUUCUAACAAGAUUAGAAGAAAAAAGUCUUACUGUGGAUAAGCUGAAAGACAUGAGGAAAGAUGAAAUAGGUCACAUUCUGCAUCAUGUGAAUAUUGGGCUCAAGGUCAAACAAUGUGUUCAUCAGAUUCCUUCUGUUACAAUGGAAGCGUCCAUUCAGCCCAUCACACGGACUGUCCUCCGAGUGACGCUCAGCGUCUGUCCUGAUUUCACUUGGAAUGAUCAGGUCCAUGGGACAGUAGAACCCUGGUGGAUUUGGGUAGAAGAUCCUACAAAUGAUCAUAUUUAUCAUUCAGAGUAUUUCCUAGUUCUAAAAAAACAGGUCAUUAGUAAAGAAGCUCAACUGCUGGUGUUUACAAUCCCUAUUUUUGAGCCUUUGCCUUCUCAAUAUUACAUCCGAGCAGUGUCUGAUCGAUGGUUAGGAGCUGAGGCUGUAUGUAUUAUUAACUUUCAACAUCUGAUUCUACCAGAGAGACAUCCUCCCCAUACAGAAUUACUGGAUCUUCAGCCUUUACCAAUCACAGCUUUGGGAUGUGAAGCAUAUGAAGCACUAUACAAUUUUAGCCACUUUAACCCUGUGCAGACACAAAUAUUUCAUACACUGUAUCACACAGACUGUAAUGUCCUACUUGGAGCACCCACUGGAUCAGGAAAGACUGUUGCAGCUGAAUUAGCCAUUUUCAGAGUCUUCAACAAGUACCCUACUUCAAAGGCAGUAUAUAUUGCACCCUUAAAAGCCCUAGUACGUGAAAGAAUGGAUGAUUGGAAAGUUAGAAUAGAAGAAAAACUUGGUAAAAAAGUUAUUGAACUAACAGGGGAUGUAACUCCUGAUAUGAAAUCCAUUGCCAAGGCUGACGUUAUCGUCACCACACCAGAGAAGUGGGAUGGAAUCAGCAGAAGCUGGCAGAAUAGGAACUAUGUAAAACAAGUCACUAUUCUCAUCAUAGAUGAGAUCCAUCUGCUAGGGGAGGAAAGAGGCCCUGUUCUAGAAGUCAUCGUAUCUCGAACGAAUUUCAUCUCAUCUCACACAGAAAAGCCUGUUAGAAUAGUUGGACUAUCUACUGCAUUGGCUAACGCCAGAGACCUUGCUGACUGGCUCAACAUUCGUCAGAUGGGCUUGUUCAACUUCCGACCAUCAGUGCGUCCAGUUCCACUGGAAGUUCACAUUCAUGGUUUCCCAGGUCAACAUUACUGUCCUCGUAUGGCUAGUAUGAAUAAGCCUACAUUUCAGGCAAUUAGAAGCCAUUCUCCAGCCAAACCUGUUCUGAUAUUUGUCUCAUCAAGACGUCAAACCCGUCUUACUGCUUUGGAAUUGAUAGCCUUUCUGGCUACUGAAGAAGAUCCAAAGCAGUGGUUAAAUAUGGAUGAAAGAGAGAUGGAGAAUAUCAUUGGAACAGUAAGAGAUUCCAACCUGAAGCUGACACUUGCUUUCGGAAUAGGAAUGCAUCAUGCUGGACUACAUGAGAGGGACCGAAAAACAGUAGAGGAACUAUUUGUAAAUUGUAAAGUUCAGGUUCUUAUUGCUACAAGUACAUUAGCCUGGGGUGUAAACUUUCCAGCUCAUUUAGUAAUUAUUAAAGGAACAGAAUAUUAUGAUGGAAAAACAAGACGAUAUGUGGAUUUUCCCAUUACAGAUGUACUCCAGAUGAUGGGGCGUGCUGGGAGGCCUCAGUUUGAUGACCAAGGCAAAGCUGUAAUUCUGGUUCAUGACAUAAAGAAAGACUUUUACAAAAAAUUUCUUUAUGAACCUUUUCCUGUAGAGUCAAGCUUAUUAGGAGUGCUCUCUGACCAUUUAAAUGCAGAGAUUGCUGGUGGUACAAUAACAUCUAAGCAAGAUGCAAUGGAUUAUAUCACCUGGACUUACUUUUUCCGACGUCUUAUCAUGAACCCCAGCUACUACAAUUUGAGUGAUGUGAGCCAUGAUUCUGUGAACAAGUUUCUGUCCAAUCUGGUUGAGAAGUCCCUGGUUGAAUUGGAACAUUCCUACUGUAUUGAGAUGGGAGAGGAUAAUCGAACCAUUGAACCACUGACGUAUGGCCGGAUUGCCUCUUAUUACUAUUUAAAGCACCAAACAGUUAAAAUGUUCAAGGAGCGUUUGAAACCUGAAUGUGGUACUGAAGAAUUGCUUUCAAUUCUGAGUGAUGCAGAAGAAUACACAGAUUUGCCAGUAAGACACAAUGAAGAUCAUAUGAACAGCGAACUGGCAAAAUGUCUUCCUUUGGAAUCAAAUCCUCAUUCAUUUGACAGCCCUCACACCAAAGCUCAUCUCCUACUGCAGGCACAUCUCAGCCGAACCAUGCUGCCCUGCCCAGAUUAUGACACUGAUACCAAAACAGUGUUGGACCAAGCUCUCAGAGUAUGUCAGGCAAUGCUGGACGUGGCUGCACACCAGGGCUGGCUGGUGACUGUCCUGAACAUCACCAACCUGGUGCAGAUGGUGAUCCAGGGGCGGUGGUUGAAAGACUCUUCUCUUCUUACGAUACCACACAUAGAAAACCACCAUCUUCACAUUUUCAGGAAAUGGAACCCAGGUAUAAAGGGCCCAUGUGCCGGGCACCCUGUCUCCAUCGAGUGCCUCCCUGAACUGAUCCACGCCUGUGGAGGGAAGGACCACGGAUUCAGCUCCAUGAUAGAAAAAGAGCUACCGGCCCCAAAAAUGAAGCAGGCGUGGAGUUUCUUAUCUCAUUUGCCUGUGAUAGAUGUUGGCUUAAGUGUUAAAGGCUGGUGGGAUGACUCAGCGGAAGGACACGAUGAGCUCUCUAUCACAACCGUGACUUCAGACAAACGCAACGACAACAGAUGGGUCAGGUUGCAUGCUGAUCAAGAGUAUGUGCUUCAAGUCAGCUUGCAGAGAGUCAGCCUUGGGUUCCACAAGGGAAAGCAAGACAGCCAUGCAGUCACCCCUCGAUUUCCCAAAUCAAAAGAUGAAGGAUGGUUUUUGAUAUUAGGAGAAGUGGAUAAGAGAGAACUUAUCGCUUUGAAAAGAGUGGGAUAUGUCCGAAAUCAUCAUGUUGUCUCCAUCUCUUUUUAUACUCCUGAAGUACCUGGAAGGUAUAUCUACACACUGUAUUUCAUGAGCGACUGCUACCUUGGCCUGGACCAGCAGUACGACAUCCACCUCCACAUCAUACCAGCCAGUGUUUCCGCACAGGCCGAUGAGAUCUCCGAUGCCCUCACUGACCUCAAAGUGAAGUAACCUGACCGAAUCCAUUUGAAAGAACUGUUGAGAAGCCUGACUGUUCAGUCAUCUGGACAAAGUCAAAUUACUUGACGUUUGCCUUGGAGGAAUCAACUUCCAACCUCAAGGCACUGCAGAAAUUGGCGGUGGCUGCAGCUCUGACUCGAGCAAUGCAGAGUCAGCUGUGGGGGCCUUUUAACAAAUGUUGCCUUUUAUAACGUUGUCUUCAAGGGUCUCUUGAUGUGUAAAAUGACUGUGCCCAUAGGAGAAUCUUUCAAUUUGUGUAUAUUGAGAUGAUACCUAGGAAUUAUCAAAUCUUACAUUUCACAGUGUACUGUUUACAAGAACAUCGGUUUCUCUUUUUUUAAGGAAAACUAACUGCACAGGGGCGUGACAGUUAAGAUUUGUUAUAACAGAUUUCUAACCCUGCAGCAUAAAAUAUAUAAGAUAAAUCUGUACAGUGACACACUGUGUUUUGUUCACAAAAUUUAUACUUUGAUCACAUAUGGAAGUAAUUUCAAGAAUUUCUUAUUGUCACAAAUGUUAAUAAUAUAUGAUGUAAAAUUACAUUACAGAGCCCAAUGAUGAUUUAAAAGAAAACAGAAUAUACUGAUCUUAGAAAAUGUAGAUACUGUAACUGGUAGAAAUAAAAUAUUUAGAGUGCCACUUCAA